AUGCGUACUCGUUCCCACCCCGUUUCACCUGGCGGGCUCGUCUCGCUUGACGACGUCCCCGCACUUCCCCGCCGCCGCAACACGCGUAGCGUAUCUGCCCAGCCCCAGGACGUGCCGGAGCCGGGCUUGGGUGCGGCCGAGGCUACAAAGCCGAAGCCAACCCCGAAGACACGGAAAACCCGUUCGAAGAGUACCCGUGGGAAGAAGAAGGACUCAGCCAGCAUCGCCGCUGAACAGGUCGGCCUAGACGACAUCGAAAUGGUUGGCUCUCCCCAAGUUACAAUUGUUGACGAGCCCCCUUUUUCACCCCCAUCAGCUCAGCUGAUACAUGAGAUGGACCUUCAUAUCCUCAAUAUGGAGACGGCAUCCCCGGCUGGAACUCCCAUUGUCAGCAUUCGAGAGGCUGCUGUAGAGGUUGACCACCCCGACGACCUUGUCAUGCAGGACCUUAAUGAUGUCUCUUCCCUUGAAUCUCAACGUCUCAUCAUACUUUAUUCAAGCAUUGCUGAUCAAUUUGUCGCUAAGCAGAGCCAUGAGGACCGUGAAAACCAGGACGGACCUACUUCCGUGAUCCCAUCCAUUGAGAGCCUCCAUCACUCCGUCUUCGCCUCCGUCGAGACCGGCGAUGUCGAGGAUGUUACCGCUGCUGAUACGGCUGCACAAUUCCGCAACUUUGACCGCCGAAACCCCCGAAAUUCGCCGCCUCGCGCUUCUCCCAACGCUCAUCGUGCUUCCAGAGGCUCUCAGGUUCUGGGCCCCCAGAAAGCCACUCCAAUUCGUCGCUCCUACUCCAACAUCUCCCAGACUCGUCGUACCGAGGCCAGCGGCCGCAUCAAUCGCACGUUGUAUCGCCUGCCCGAUCUCUUGACCCAGAGUGAUUCAGAUGGAGAAGCUCCUGCUCAGGACCGCCAGCAGGCUUUUGAGACCCAAGAAAAUGUGUCUGUCAUUGCUAAUCCCGCGACUCCUGAGUCCGCCCGUCUCAGGACUCCCGUGACUCCUAUGACUGCUCCCCCGGCUGCCAAUGUCAGCAACUCCGCAGAAAGCCCCAACUCAUCCCCCAGCUGGUCCCGAUGGAUUUUCAACAAUGUUUCCAGAAGAUGGACGAACAUCCGCGAGAAGCUCGUCCCUCGUCCGACUACUGAGACCCUGCCAGCUGCCGAAGUCGAUGACAUUGUGGAGACUGAGAAACGUAUCGACCAAGUUGCUACGCCCAUUAAGUCGACCGAGAUCAUCAGCGCUCCUGUAACUGCACCUAAGGUGCCGACGGAGGCUUUGGUGCCUCUACCAACGCGUAGCUCCUAUCGUCGUCGGGUUUCCACUUUUCUUCCUCAUGACGUAGGCUCUGACCGGCCUCGUCGUCCUCGGCGCAUUUCGACCACUGAUCGCCCAGUGGCUGCGCCUAAGCCUCGCCAAAAGCCUACCCCUCCAGCGGCUGAGCUCGGAUACGAUCUCUUCCCUCGCGCAUAUGAUGCAGAGCUACUCAAGAAGUGGUUCGCGCGAGGCACGAACCCUCGUCUUGUUCAGCCUUCCCAGACGACAGAUGUCACGGACUCCACCAAUGGAGCUGCUAUCUCUGCUGCCACUGAGGCUUCUACUUCCAAGGAGAUGGUGUCUACCUCCGCUGAAGACCAAUCGCUCAAGCGCAAGCGUGAGGAGCCUGAGAAAAUCCCAAACCCGAAAGGAUGCAGUUAUGGUAUGAGUGAGGAGUUCUUCGAGUUCACUGACGCUGAAUGGGCCGAAGAAGAAAGGCGUAUGGCUGCACUGAAGGCCAAUGAACCAGCGCAACCCGCCGCCAAGAAGCAACGCGUUGAUGCAUCGCAGUCGCGCCGACGUGCGACCACUCGGUCUAAUACGCCCAAAGCCUCCCUCAGCGCUCUGUCUCCUGCGCGUCGCCCUGGAUUCAUUCCUAACCGCCGAGGCACAUACGCUGCACCUGAUCUGUCUCCAAUUGACUCAAAUGGUCUGUUGUCAGGCGUGGAAUCGACUCCGAUAACGCAAGGCUCCAAGGAUGAAACCGACAGCGCUAAACAUGCUUGCAAGUCAAUCGACUAUGAGACUUUGGAGGAGAAACGUGAAAAGAAGGCCAAGCAAACCCUGGAACCCAAAUUCAGACCCUCCGUCCCCGCUAGCCCUAGCGAAGACCCCGAGACCCGUGAUACCGCCCCUACCGCUACUCCAACCUUUGAAACCUCCAGUGCCACCACACCGGAACGUCAAACCGCCCACAUCGGUACUGAGAUUGACGCUGACGCCGACAACGACAUCCACGUUGACGCCAACAUUGAGGGCCCCUCCCCACUGACCCGAGCCCGCAACAAGGCUGAGCAGUUCAAACCCAAGACGCCAAGUCGUCUUCGGGAAGCUCAUCCCUUUGCGAGCAGUAUCGCCUCGGCUACUACUGCCUCACCGUCCUCUCUGGGUGCCACCAUAGAUACGCCCCUCAAUUUCGGCGCGACCUUGCAAACGCCGACAAAUCUACGCGCGUUGAAUUCGCCCACCGUCUUUUACAGUGACCCCAUGUCCAAUGAGACCAUUGAGCCUCUGACCCCGGCUGACGAUGCGAACUGGUUGCGUGAAACUUGUCCAACUGGAGACAUUGCCCUUUUGUGCUGGCCGGAGCCUGCCAGUCUUGCCGAGACUUUGAACAUCGACCCUGCUAUUGCCGAGUUUGUCAACAGGAAUUCGAACCCAGGGAAGUCUGCCGAGGCUGCUGCCGCUUGGCAGACCAUGUGGGAAGAAUUCCAGCGAGGGGAGCUGGAAAUUUGA